GCAUACAAUAAAGAAAUAUGCUCAGGUUAAACUCUCAUGCACUUCAGCUGUUCGACUUAUUACAUGACUGAGCCAGUGAGAUUCAUAUACUCAUCUUUAAGUCCUACUCUCGGGAACUUGUUCAUGCACCUCUUAUGUUCUUGCAUUCAUGUUUCUGCUGACUCCUUAGCAAGUCUUCUGUAUGCCUCCGCAAUCUAGCUGGCAUAUUCGAAAUUACUAUAGACUAUAGUAAUGUAGAACAAAGUCAGACGUCGAAUUUUCUAAAGCCACUAGCUCACACCAAACAUAUAAACAAUUUUCUCAAUAUGCAGUUUACUUGUUUUCUGCAAUUUAUGUGUCCAUCCCCUCAUUUUUAUGUAGCAUUGACUAAUUACAUGUUAUGUGUAACAUCAACAUCAAUCAGAUAAAGAGUAUCGAGUAUCUUUAUAAGCACAAGCAAACAAUUAAUUUAUACCAAUUUGCUAGCACUUCUGGGCUAAUGUGUGGUGGUUGGGUCUGAUAUACAUGUCAGUUGUGACUUCGGAUAUUACAGAUAUUACAUUAUGUUCCAGAUAUAAUCAUCUUUCAUAAAUUACGAUUUUCGUUUUGAAGGUCUUGAGUGUUUUGUCUGAAUUCAUGGCUUCUUCGAGUUAUAAUCAAAGUCCGUCAUCCUCUUCUGUUUUAACUUCACCUCCUGCUUAUGAUGUUUUCUUAAGCUUCAGAGGUGUAGAUACACGGUAUACAUUUAUUGAUUAUCUGUAUGAUGCCUUAGGUCGCUAUGGUAUCCGAACUUUUAAGGAUGAUCGUGAGCUAUGCACUGGAGAUGUAAUCUCAGAUUCACUGCUUAAGGCUAUUCAGGGUUCCAAGACUUAUGUUGUCGUCUUCUCUGAAAACUAUGCUUCCUCCACAUGGUGCCUUGACGAGCUUGUAGAGAUCAUGGGUUGUUACAAAUCAAUGGGAAGAUCAAUUUUUCCUGUCUAUUACAACAUUGAACCAUCUGCAGUGCGGCACCAAACUGGGAGUUUUGAUGAAGCUUUCAGAGAACAUGGAACACAGUUUCAUAUGGAUAGAUUGAGUAAGUGGCGAAUCACACUGACCAGCAUGGCGGGCCUCACUGGAUACAAUGUUCAUGAAAAUAUGUCUCAAACUGAUAUUAUAAAUAAGAUUGUUGAUAGGAUUUUACUCGAAAUUAAUCCAUUGACUCUGGACGUUGCCAAAUAUCCUGUUGGUUUGGAUCCUCGUGUUAAAGCCCUAACAACAUUGUUGAGCAGUGGCACAGAAGGUGUCAUUAGGAUAGGUAUACAUGGUAUGGGCGGAGUUGGAAAAACAACUCUUGCGAAAGCCGUGUAUAACCAAAACAUUCAAGGCUUUCAGGGUAGCUGCUUCUUAGCAAAUGUUAGGGAGGUUUUAAAACGAGAAAACGGCCUAGUAUGUUUACAACAGAAACUUAUGGACACUAUUCUUAAACGUAAGAGCGAUAAGAUUGACAAUGUUGAUCAAGGAAUUGAGUUGAUAAGAGCUAGAAUAUGUUCAAAAAAAGUUCUCAUAGUUAUUGAUGAUUUGGACAGCAAAAGACCCCUGGAAUUUUUAGAAGGACCAUUUGCUUUGGGUAGUAUAAUCAUUAUAACAACAAGAAAUGAGGAUCUACUUGAUUCAAUUAAAGUAGAAGCUAAGUACAAAGUAAAUGAAUUAGGUGAUGCUGAAUCAUGUCUACUUUUUGCCCAACAUGCAUUCGGUGAUAUCAAAAUACCCGACACAUUUAUGGAGUUGUCUCGAGAAAUUCUAGGACAUGCUGGAGGGCUUCCCUUGGCUCUUAAAGUUUUUGGCUCGAACUUGCUUAACCAACCUGUGGAAGAAUGGAGUUGGUUCAUCGAUAAAUUGAAGCGCGUCUCUAUUGAAGAUGUUGAGAAUAAACUUGCGGUCAGCUUUGAAGCAUUGAACUUGGUUGAUCCUAUGCUGCAAAACUUUUACCUAGACAUUGCUUGUUUUUUCAUUGGAUACAAGAAAGAGAUAGUUGCGAAGAUAAUGGAAACUUGUUACACAUUUGUUGAUCAUAAUUUUGACAUUCUAAGGAAAAGGUGUUUACUAACGACCAAUGGUGAAGAUGAGCUGCAGAUGCAUGAUCUGCUUCGGGAUAUGGGAAAGAAAAUUGCACGCAACAACUCUUUUGGUGAGCCUGGAAAACAUAGUAGAUUAUGGGCAUCGAAAGAUAUAUGUGAUGUGUUGAAGAAUAAUAAGGGAGCAGAAUCAUUAGAAUGUAUCAUCCCACGGGACAACCAGGAUGCAUUUGAUGGAGUAUCAUUCACAACGGAAACAUUUAAGAGUAUGAAUAAAUUAAGAUUUCUGUGCCUCGAAAAGGUAAACCUCAAUGGAAGCUUUGAGAGUAUUUUUGAAGAUUUGAGGUGGUUGUGUUGGGACUUUUGCCCUCUGAAAUGUUUGCCUUCUGAAUUUAACCCGCAAAAACUUGUUAUCCUUGAAUUGCCCCAUAGCAAAAUGAGAACAAUGUGGGAGCUAAACACAGUUUUACAUGAUUUUGAAAAGCUAAAGACUCUGAACAUGUCAUAUUCUCUAGAUUUAAGUACAACUCCAGACUUCAGUAAUUUACCGUGUCUUGAGAAUUUAAAUUUUGAGUAUUGUGCAUGCUUGGAGGAGGUCCACGUAUCAAUUGGAAGUUUGGAGAGGCUUGUUUCCUUAAAUUUGCAUGGCUGUGUGAACCUAAGAAGUCUUCAGGACAGUAUUUGCAACUUAAGAGGAUUGCAAUGUUUAAAUAUUGGUGGUUGCAGUAGACUGGAAGCAUUGCCUUUUGAGCUUGGAAACAUUGAAUCCCUAACAGAGCUCAAGGCAUGGGGACUAAGUGUUUCUGAAAUACCAGAAUCAAUCGGACGUCUCAGUAAACUUGUUGAGCUGGAAUUGAACAAUAACAAGAGCCUUGAAUAUCUUCCAGAUACCAUCUGCAACCUUAGAUCAUUGGAAAUUCUUGAUGUUAAUGAUUGCAGUAGUCUGGAAGCAUUACCAGAUUGGAUAGGACUUCUUGGUAAGCUUGUUGAGCUGAGAUUAAGCUGUAACAAGAACCUUGAAACUCGUCCAAACACCAUAUGCAACCUGAGGUCAUUGGAAAUUCUUGAUAUUUCUGAAUGUGAAAAACUUGAAAUAUUACCAGAUCAACUGUGGAAGCUUACAAGCCUAUGGGAGCUAGAUGCAAGAGGUGUUCCUCUGUUAAAAGAACUUCCUGAUAUAGAAUUAAGCCAGAUCCCAUUAGCAUUGCAAAGGUUAGAUUUAACUGGCAGUGCUCUCACUGCACUACCGUACGGUACUAGCCAGCUCACAAACCUAGAAGAUCUUGUUCUUAAAGGUUGUGAUCAUCUGUUGUCCAUCACAGAACUUCCUCCUAAUCUAAAACGCAUAAUGGCAGAUGAUUGUUCAUCUUUGGAAAGAUUACCAAAUCUAUCGGAGUUAAAACAGUUGAGGAAUUUGCAUCUUGCAUAUUGUGUUGGUUUGCCAGAGAUUGUAGGCUUAGAUGAACUCCCAUCUCUAAGAGAACUUGAUCUGGGACGUCGCUCCUCCGCCAGCGCAUCUCUUGGAAACACUUUCACUAAACGUUUGUUUCAGAUAUAUUGUGGAUUUGGGCAUCUAAUACAUAUUUGCGUUUCGGAGCUUCCAUAUUGGAUUAGUCAGUCGAGUACUUUAGGGUCAACAUUCUCUUUAGAUGUUCCUCCAAACGUACUAGGGAUGAUUCUCUGCUUUAAGCACUUGGGUGACUGGGAUAAUUUACAUAAUUCUGAUCCAAUUGAGUAUUCUGUUAAGAAUACCACAAGUGGCUUUACAUUGCAAGGCAGUUUUGACAACUUCAGGUUUGAUUCAUUUAUGGUGAUAUUGCCAAGAUCAUUAAUUUCCAACAGUGAUGAUGGUGAUAGAAUUCAGUUAAGAACGACAAAUGCCGAUAUUCUUGGAAUACAUCUACUGUACAAACAUGAGAUUCCAAUGAUUGACCAUGUUUUGGGAAAACACAUGACUAGCUUUGAUGAGUUGAAAUUGGUUACUCCUGUACUGCAGGAUAUUUUCCUAGAUCUUGCUUGUUUUUUCGUAGGACGGAAGAAAGAUGAGGUUGUUCAGAUACUGGAAACUUACUAUUGCAAUGUAGAACGCAAUAUUGAUAUUCUGAAGGAAAAAUGGUUACUGGUGAUCAAUGAUAGAGAUGAGUUGAGGAUGGAUGAUCUGCUACAACAUAUGGGAAGAAAUAUUGCUCAUAAAAACACUCAUAAAGAGCAUGGACAGCAAAGUAGAUUAUGGUUAUCAUUAGAUAUAUAUGACGUGUUGAAGAAGCAAAAGGGAGCAGAAGCUAUUGAAGGUAUCAUUCCUCGCAAAGCUUACUAUAGGGAUGCACUUAUGGGUGAAUCAUUCACUACAGAAGCAUUUAAAAACAUGUGCAAUUUAAGAUUUCUUUACCUCAAGAAGGUAAAUCUCACUGGAAGCUUUGAACAGACAUUUGAAAAUUUGAGGUGGCUCUAUUGGGAGUUUUGUACUUUAAACUGCUUACCUUCCGACUUUGACCCGCAAAAACUUGUUAUUCUAGAGUUGCCUCAUAGCAAUAUGAGAAGCCUGUGGGAACUAAACAAGGUUUCACGUGUUUUUGAAAAGUUAAAAACUCUAAACAUGUCUUUUUCUCAAAAUUUAUCUUCGACUCCGGACUUCACUAAGUUACCAUGUCUUGAAAUCUUAAAUUUUGAGAGUUGUAAAAGCUUGGAGGAGCUCCACAUAUCUAUCGGAAGUUUGGUGAGUCUUGUUUGCUUAAACCUGAAUAGUUGUGUGAAGCUAAGAAGUCUUCCAGACACCAUUUGUGACUUAACAGCAUUGAAAGUUCUAAAUAUUAGUCAAUGCAGUAGUCUAGGAGCAUUGCCUACAGAGUUGGGGAACAUUGAAUCCCUAGAAAAGCUUUUUGCCUGGGGAGUACCUGUUUCAGUUUUAUCGGAUUCGAUCGGACGUCUUAGUAAGCUUGUAGAGCUUAUUAUUCGUUAUAACAAGAACAUUGAAACUCUUCCUGACACCAUUUGCAACCUGAGAUCGUUGGAAAUUCUUGAUAUUUCUGGAUGUGAAACAUUAGAUAUAUUGCCAGAUCAACUAUGGAAGCUUACAAGGUUAAAGAAACUAUAUGCAUGUGGUAUUCUAUUAGAAGAACUCCCUGAUAUAGAUUCAAACCAGAUUGCAUUAUCAUUGCAAAACUUAGAUCUAUCUAAUAGUUGUAUCACUGCCAUGCCGUCCGGUAUUAGUCAGCUCUUGGAACUGCAUAAACUUGAUCUUAUUGGAUGUUGUGAACUCAUGUCCAUCGAAGAACUUCCUCCUAAUCUAAGACGGAUAAUAGCAUGUGGCUGCAUUUCUCUUGAAAGAUUACCAAAUCUAUCCAAUUUGAAGCAGUUAGAGAUUUUGGACCUUACAAAUUGUAGUGGUUUAACAGAGAUUCUUAGCUUGGAGGUACUCACUUCUCUACGGGAACUUUAUUUGGGAGGUUGCAGCCCAUCUCUUCUGGCAUACACUUUCACAAAAAGUUUAUUUCAGAUAUACUCUGAAUUUGGGCAUCAAAUCAUUAUCUGCAUUUGGUCAGAAGAGUUUCCAAAAUGGAUUAGUCAAGGUGAAUAUGGGACAACAAUGUCUUUGGAUUUGGCACCUAAUAUGGCACACAAUUACCUGGGGAUGAUUCUCUGCUUCAAAUGCCAAGCAGGUGGCGGGUCUUUUUUAAUUGAUUAUUCUCUUAAGACUUCGGCAAGUAAUUUUAUAAAGAGCGACACUGAGAUGGAGGUAUAUGGCGCAUGUAUGAUAAUAGUACCAAGAUCAAUCUUCUCGGUCAGAGAUGGUGACAACAGAAUUGAGUUAACAGCAGGUGGAUAUGCAGAAAUUUCAGGGCUGCAUUUAUUAUACAAAACAGAGAACUGUAGAAGAAGAAAAAGAGGAACAAAUAUGCUGAACAGUAGAAAAACUUGGAAAGUGAAUGAGAAUUGAUUGCUCCCUCACUGGUUAUAUAUUUCGCAACUCCAGAUACAGGUCCCUACCUUGAAGAGGACUUGAGAGAUCAACUGCGAAGCCCAUUGGAGGUUUAUACAUCUUGGAUCAGUACCAGUUUAAAGUUUGGUUAUGGACCCGUUUUAACCUGUUUUACAUUAUUCUGUCAUGUAUUUUUUUUCCACAAAUAUUUCAAACAUAAAAUUUGUUUUGCAUCUUGAAAACAAUUCUAUAUAAUUUUUAUGACAUUCAACAAAAAUAUGUAAAAUUUUAUUAAAAAUUAUUUUAAUUCUUUUAACACAUAUU